AUGAAAAGAAGAACAGCCCCACCAGCAGCUUUUCGUCCAGAAAACACUGUUAAAAGAGCAGAUGAUUUAGUCUCUGUUGGUCAACCUGAUGUAGCUUUAGAUACUCUAUUUGAAUUUUUAUCGAACAAAAGAGUUCGUCAUUUUGACCCAAGCUCUUUGGAAGGUAUUAUCUUGAAAUUAUUGGAAUUAGGUGUUGAUCUAAGAAGAGGUAAGAUGAUCAAAGAUGGGUUAUUCCAGUACAAAAAGACCAUUCAAAACCAUAAAGAUGGUUUAAAAUCUCUAGCAUCAGUUUGUCGUAAAUUCAUUGAUUUGGUUGAAAAAAAACUAGAAAUUGAAGAAGCUAAACUUGCCAAAGAAGAAGAGAAAAAUCCUUCUUUAUUAAUUGAUGAAGACUUAGAAGAUAUUACUCCGUUGAAUUUGUUGGUUAGUGCUUCUAAUGAUGAGGACAGUGCCAAGGGUAAUGGUAUCGAUUUCAAUGAAAACCAAGUUAUUCCAUGGAUGAAAUUCACUUGGGAAUCUUACCGUGCCGUUUUAGAUUUAUUGAGAAACAAUUCUCAAUUAGAAAUUACCUAUUCUGGUGUUGUUAGUAGAGCCAUGACAUUCUGUUUAACGUACAAUCGUAAAAAUGAAUUUAAAAGACUGGCCGACAUGUUACGUCAGCAUUUGGAUGCUGCUAACUAUCAACAGCAAAGAAAAUCAGGCACCAAUACAAUUGUUGAUCUAACUGAUGAAGAAACUGUUCAACGUUACUUGGAGCAACGUUUCCAGCAAGUUGAUGUCUCUGUGAAAUUAGAAUUAUGGCACGAGGCAUUUAGAUCUAUUGAAGAUUGUCAUAGGUUAUUGGAGUUGACUAACCACCAAGCCAGGGCUUCGUUUUUGGCUAGUUAUUUUGAAAAUAUUUCCAAGACAUUUGUUGUUUCUGGUAACUAUUUGUUGAAUGCUUCAGCUUUGAUUAAAUUUUAUAGUUUGUACCAAAAGAAUCCAACAGCUACAGAAAAUGAUUUUAAAUAUUAUGCUUCUUUGGUUUUCACUGCUUGUCUAGCUGUUCCAGCUGAUGAUUUACCAGCAGUUGGUUUUGAUCCACAGUUGCGUCUAUGCAAUCUAUUGGACUUGGAAACGAAGCCUUCUAGAAAACAAUUAUUUGAUUUUAUUUUACAGGAAAAUGUUGUUAAAUAUGUAGAUGUGGAAUUACAAAACUUGUACCAAGUUUUAAAUGUUGAAAACAAGGACUUAAACAUUGAUAAUUUGAAGAAAUCUUUGGAUGUUUUGUUGCCAAAGUUAAAUGAUAAACCAUACUUUAAGCAAUAUGUUAAUCCAUUGAGAGAUUAUAUUAUUAGACGUAUUUUUGUCUACGUUUCUGAAAAUAAGAACACUAUCACCUCUGCUGCAUUGUAUGCUGAAGCCACUUUGCCAAAACCAUUUGAAUUGAGCCCCUUUGAGCUAGAAAGAUUGUUGAUUCAAAUUGCUUUGGAUGAUUAUAUUUCUUUUACUUUUGAUCAAGAAAGUGAUGUUAUUACGUUCAACAAGGAUCCAUUUGAUACUAUUGACAAUUCUUUGGAUGAAAUAGAAGCGGAAGUUGAUGAAGACCUUGAAGAAGGCGGGACUGAAUCACAACAGCAGCAGCAACAGCAACAGCAACAACAACAACAACAACAACGUGAAAGUAAAUAUAUGAUUAAUUUGAAGGCACAAAUGGAUGAAUUAGCAUCUUAUUUGAAAUCAUUGGCUCAAUACCAACAGUCUACCUCCUAUAUGGAUAAAGUUAGAAUGGUUAGAGAGCAAAUGAUUGAAAAUGAACAAAGCAUUUUGGAGCGUGAAAGAAAACAAGCGGAAGAUUAUGCUAAAAUUAAAGAAAGCAGGAGAUUAGAAGAAAUGCAAAGAAGAAUGGAAGAUAUUGAAUUGUCUCAACAGGAAAGGGAAAGAAGAAGAUUGGAAGAGAGAGCUUCCGAAGAGGCUUCCAAGAGAGCCGAGGCUGAACGUCGUGAUGAAGAAAAAGCCGAGAGAGCUGAAAGAGAAUUAAAAGAAGCUGCCCUUAAGGAAUAUAUUAAACAAGCUAAUGCAAAAGGUUUUAUUCAUAUUGAUUUGAAAAAGGCUAAGGAGUAUACUGUUGAAAAAAUUAGGGAAUUGGAAAUCGAAGCUGAAACUAAGGAUGCCAAGGAACUAAAUGAAAAAAUGGAAUAUGGUUUCAAAAAGGCUGACUAUUUGGAAAGAGCUUUCAGAAAGUAUGAAAGAAAACUAUUGGAACAAAAGUUGGAUGAACAAAAUGCUAAGGACUUGAAGAGUUAUGAAGAGUUGAAAAACAAUAUUGUGAAAACAGCUAGGGAAGAACAUGCAAAGCAAUUGGAGCUACACAAAAGGUUAUCUAAGAUUAAUGAUGAUUUUGCUGCUUAUAGAAAUAAGGUCGUUGCUACAAGAUUAAAAGAAUAUGAAAGUGCUAAAAGGGCUAAAAUUGAAUCUAUUCGCAAAGAAAUUUACGAAAAAGAAUUGGCUGUCAGAGCAGAAGAGGAAAAAAAGGCGUUGGUUUUGCAAAAGGAAAAGGAUGACUUUAUUGCUAAGAUUCCAACAAGUCCGCUGCCGGGCCUGCUGCUGUGUCUGUACCAGCAGCUGGACUUUAUUGCUAAGAUUGUUGAAAAGGAGAAUGAUCCUAAAUUAUCUUAUUCUGCUAAGAGAGAAGUAGAAAAUAUGAAGGAUGAAUAUGAAAGAAAAUUCAAUGAAGCUUAUCCAUUUGAAAGGAAGAAGAAAAUCAAUAGGACUUCCGCUGAGUCUACACCAGCUGUUGAUCCUCAAGAACGGGAAAAACAAAUUUUAGUAGGUAAGAUUAAAGCUUUAGAAUCCAACCAGACUAAAAUGUCUGAUCGUUUCAAGUUGAAAAGCUUAAUGAAGGAAUAUAAACAAAAAUAUGGUGAAGAUUAUUCUAAUUAG